AUGACGGCCCUGUCCAACCAUUGCCUUGAGCCGCCGCUCGCCCCCGGCGCCAAAGAUGCACCCUUGUCCACGGAUUUGUCCUCUGGUCGUGGUUUACCUGCACCAAAAAUCCUUGCCAUCGCUCGCAAGGCAAUGCGAGAUGCUAUCCUGAGCGAAGGGUUGGCUGGGCAACUUGGCGAUGAAGUCGUCGGUUUGCAGUCCGGCGUCACCAUCGACCUGAGCCGCAGUGCCAUCCCAGAGCUACCGGAGGAGCUUGUGGACAUAUUCAAGGAUAAGCUAGAAAGGGCAAACAAGAUUAGGGAGUUUCCAUUGCCCUUAUGCCACUUGAAGCGCCUUGAGAUUCUGGAUCUCGGUCAGAACCAACUCCGUGUGCUGCCUCCAGAGGUUGAGAAUUUAUCGUCACUCAAGGUUCUUUCCAUCCCGAAGAACCAAAUCCGGGAGUUGCCAUUAUGCCUAGCCAAUAUGGCGUCUUUGCAGGUCCUUAAAAUUAAAGGCAACCCAAUCAUCUUUCCGCCACAGGAUCUCAUCUCUACACUCGCCACCACCUCCCUUGAAGAAGAUAGCUCCGUCGGCAGUGACACGACAGAGGUUGCUAUGACGGCACGCAUCAAAUCGAUCCUAAAGCAGGAGGCUAUUAAUAGCCGCGUGGAGCCAGACAUCUCAAACGACUCCAGUCACUCCACUGCCCCGGUUGACGAGACUCCGCGCCCAAGACGGAAACGAGCUGUAAGUGGGCGGUUUCCGAUAAAGGUGUCUGGAUCAGAAGUUUCCGGCAUGCGCUACCAAAGAAUGGGACUGGGUUUCCACCCAAUGCCUUCUAAACUGCAUUGUCGCGAACAGUCCCAUCCUUAUAGAAGCGCUCGAAGGACAGUUGCGCCUUCAGCGACGGGCAAUGCUGAAGAACGCCUCCGGAGUAAAUCGGAAACCCUAUCGUGCUUAGGCCACCAGGAUAGAUGGAACCGAUACGCAGAACUCAAAGAGACCGGAGAAUGUAAUCUUUACAACCGAGAACCGAGCUACGACUGUACCACGCAGGGAGCUAGGACUGGGCACAAGAGCGCUACUACGUCCUCGGAAUCAAUUCUCCAGCAAUCCAUCUACGCCAGGCGACUCUCUGUGAUACCCAAGCGGCGUCGGAUAUCGAAAUGCUUCAACCCAAUCAUUGCGUUUGCCAGGGGGAUGCUUUACGCCGUUCUCCAAAUCCACCCCAUGAUCCAGCAGCUGGCCAUCUUGGCUCGCGGCGAACUCGAUAGCCAGCCCAGCCUGCAAAUAGUCAUUUAUAGUACAAAUUGCCACAUAGAAGUGUUGGAGCUAGAGAUACAAAAGUACGAUACAACAGCCCCGGAAACCGAGGACCAUUCAACCCAGACGAACAUUGUCCUCCGCGCGUGUCAGACGCUCAUGGGAGCGUACCGGCAUAUAUGCACCCUGCUUGCGGAUAGCGCAGAUGCACCCGUCGACAACGGACACGCACGAUAUGUUCGAACAAUAUUGACAUUACUCUACAAUUGCAUCAUGGAGCUCCGCGCCACCACUCUAUCCGUCACAACCGAGUGCGCGGACUGUGCUUCUGAACACGCCGCCCAUCGCCAAGAUGGCUCCGGUGCCGGUGCCGGUGCCGGUGCCGACGCCCGGGACAAGCCUGCCGCACCGCAAAGCCGAAACGAGGACAUGAUGCCAAAAUCUAGCCAUCCUCCAUCCAGCCGGGGGCCAACUCCGAUGUCGCCGCGUCCGGAGCCAGGGCACUUGCAGCCUCCCGACUUGACCCUCGCCAUGUCCGACCCGGACGGGCUAUUCGAAAAGAUACUCGUGUGCCUACAAAACUCGGCCACCAUGAUGCUGCGCAUCCUGCCCGCCUUUGGGGGCCAUCUGACGCAUGGGCUUCGCAACGCGGUGCGCAGGCGCGCGCCCACGUCGCACAUCCAGCACUGGCGGUGCCUGACAAAGGAGUGCGCCAACGCCAUCCAGCACACGCAGACGGUCAAGCGCGAGAUCUGCUGCGUCAAGCUGCGCGGGCGGGCGGACCGGCCGACCGCCGAGUUCUGGGACCUGGUCAUUGGCUUCAUCGCGUCGUGGACGGCGCUGGUGGCGGAGAUUAUGGCGUGCAUCAACAAGAUCCUCUUGCCGCCGGAUACGAGGGCGCGCCUGAGGCCGAUCCAGGAGAGCAUGAAGGAGACGAGCCAUGCGGUCGUGCGGUCGCCCUGGUGCGAUGUGCUUGCGGCGGGGGGGUUGAAGGCGGCUGCUUUGCCGGGUCUGGCUGCGUCGGCGCCUCGAGGUGUAUCUGCGGAGAUGGCUGGACGAGCGGCGGGUGAAGGGGGUUUUGUGACUGUGGCCGUGCGUGGGAAUGGGUUUGAUCGUGGAGAUGGGCCGGGACAUGGUAGUGCUGGUGUAUCAUUGUCGCGGGGGGAUGCGGUGAGACAGUUGAGUUUUGCUUCGCGGCCGUGUGUCUCGGCGGCUUUGGAGACGACUGCUUUCAAGAGUGGCUGA